AUGUAUUAUCAUUAUUUAGAUGAGACGUCUGGCAAAAGAAAACUUGACCUUGUGGCGGUCAUUUCCGGCGGCGCAGAAGUAACAAGAGGACUCCAGAAAAACAUCACAUUAAAUGCCUCAUUGUCAUAUGACCCGGAAGUUGCACAUGGCAACCGAUCAGAAAUGAAAUUCACCUGGCAUUAUAGCAAAGUCACAGGAAAUCACUCCGGUAAACAAGCGGAGGCAAAGACGGAGAAAGAUCUCUUCACAGCAGUAAACCAGUCAGCCAUUAAUUAUAAUAAAAAUUUAUCUGGCGAACUAGUUUCCUUAAACACCGAAGCUCUGUCUGUUAAUCAGACCUACAUAGUUAAACUUGUAGUGACCAAGGACAUUCGCAUUUCCACUGUUUAUCAAGUUAUCCAUUUGAUAGAAGGAGAUCCCCCAGAAAUAUAUCAAAGAUGUUUCUUUAACUGUCAACCUAAAGUGAGUCCCUUGGUCAAACUAAGUAUCAAAUCACAAUGCCGCGGAUUACAGUGCUCUAAAAUAUUAUCCUAUGAGUGGAGGCUCUACCAGCAAUUCAAGCGAAACACCUCCUUUACCUGGCAAAGGAAACAUAAUUUACGACUUAUCACAAGUACACCGCUGAGUUCAAGUGACAUUGUUAUCAAAGGAGGUUCCCUUACUGGUGGAAAUACGUACCGCUUGGCACUAUUCAUAACAAUUACGGAUGGUUUAAGGGGAAUGAAUGCUUACGAUUUUUCUACAGCAAGACCCCCUACAGGGGGGAACUGCUCGAUCACUCCGCCAAGCGGCAUCUCACUGAAGACUGAUUUCAAUCUGAGAUGUAGCAACUGGGAGAGUGACAACACCCCUCUGUCCUAUCAGUUUCAAUACAGGCUAGAGGAUGGUCUGUACGAUGUAUUACAUCGUGGUGUUAAUAACAACAUUAGUACCUCUUCGAUACCGCCUGGGCACAGUACAGAUAACUUUACUGUCAAAGUUAUUGCUACAGUGACUGACAAUUUUGGAAUUUCUGCCUCCCCAGUCACUUUGACAGUUCAGAUCAGUCCAUAUCAGAAUGUAAGCAGCGAUGUUAUCACAAACCUUCUACUGGCAAACGACAGUUUAUUUCAGAAAUUCAUCGAGAUCGGAAACCUGAGAAAAGCGGUGCCAAUAGCAAACUCUGUCCUGCUCUCAGUUUCACAAGAAACCUCGAUGAAUUUCCAGGAGAGAUACGAGGUUAUGAACUAUAUCCUUGAAAAAAUUUCGCCCUUGGAAGCGAAAACUGUCUCCGACCUCCUCCAAAAAUCUUCGGUUAUCGGUUCUGCUCUUAAGGCUCUGGAGGAAGUGCCCCACCAGUCUCUGAAUAUCUCCUUAUCUGCUGUCAGUUCAAUGACGUCACUCCUGUGGUCUAUUGCCCAGAAACGAGACGUAGCAGACAUACCGCUGACAAACCAAUCAGCAGAAAACUUGGCUUCAUGUCUAAAUACCGUGUUGAAGACAGCAGCAGUGGCUGCAUCAGAAGACUCCAAGUCAAGUUUUCAACCACAGGGUAAACUAUUGGUGAAGAUUUCAAUGAAGGCCCUCGAGAAAGUUGCAGACUCCAUGUUGGCCUUGACGGUACCUGAUGAAAAAACGAUAUCAUCUACAGUAGGAAAGCUAUCCUUGACACUCGGAAGAUAUAGCCUCCAAAGACUUUCAGGACUGAAAGUAAAAGCAGGAAAAAGCCGGUUUAUCUUACCGUCUAAGAGCCAAUUGUUACUCGCUGGAGUAAACAAAACAAGUUUUGUAGAUGUUCAGAUGUUCUCAUUUUCUUUCAACCCUUACACUUGGGACGGCACAAAGGAGCGAGUUGGCUCUGAUGUUGUAACCUUGCACUUGAAAAACAACGACAGCGAGCUUAUUAAAGUAUCAGAUCUCACGGAAGACAUUGUUAUCAUUACGCCUUUAAAACUUCAGCAAAUCUCUGCUACAGAAAAGUCAUGGUAUUUCACAAAGAACGAUGAUCUACGUUUCCACGAG